UGUAGGACGCGACCACGCGUUUCUGAACGACAUCCUUUAUUUUUUUUAUUAUUAUCAGUAUAAUCUGUGCUUCUUAUUGACACGCAUACAUUUCAUGAAAAUCUAAACAUGGCCGCAGUUAAUGGAAACGGAAAGGAAGUGACAGAUGUGCCCGUGCCGCCAUCUUCGCUAAUAAGACGCGUCAGUUCGCGCUCAAUUCGAAAUUCAAUUUCUGAGGAAAAAGAAAAUGGCGAUGUAUGCGCGGGAAAAGGUUCUUUCGUUAACAAAUACAGCAAGAAACCAGAAGCUCUGAAGAACUUCCACUUGAAUGAUGCUGAGAGUGAACUUGAAGUUCCAGGAACGCCGAUGACACCUAGGACUUCUACCACACCUGGCCAUGAAAACUGCACGUUCCACCACGACCUUGAACUGGAUCACCGCCCACCCACGAGAGAGGCACUCCUUCCCGACAUGGCGAACUCCUACCGAUUGCUACUCACAGGUCUCGGUGAGGAUCCGGAGAGACAGGGCCUGUUGAAGACACCAGAACGCGCUGCGAAGGCUAUGCUAUUCUUCACAAAGGGAUACGACCAAAGUUUAGAAGAGGUCUUAAACAACGCUAUAUUCGAUGAGGACACGGACGAGAUGGUUGUGGUGAAAGACAUAGAAAUGUUUUCCAUGUGCGAGCAUCACCUGGUGCCGUUCUACGGGAAGGUGUCCAUCGGGUAUCUACCCCAGGGCAAGAUUCUGGGGCUUAGCAAACUAGCCAGGAUCGUAGAGAUAUUCUGCCGCCGCCUGCAGGUUCAGGAGCGUCUGACCAAGCAGAUCGCAGUGGCGGUCACGCAGGCCGUCCGCCCGGCCGGAGUCGCCGUCGUCAUAGAGGGAGUUCACAUGUGCAUGGUGAUGCGCGGAGUUCAGAAGAUCAACAGCAAAACGGUCACGUCCACCAUGCUGGGGGUGUUCCGCGACGACCCCAAGACCAGGGAGGAGUUCCUGAACCUCGUGCACUCCAAGUGAGGACAAACAAACAUACAGAAUCUCUAAUUUUACUUGUUGCAUCGGUGUUUUGUUUCGGCGAAAUUAGACGGUUCAUCUUAAAGUAUUCAUGAAUGCUUAAGCAGAACAAAUUGUACUGUCAAAACGAUACAAAUACUUUUAUAAUAUACUUGAUGUUUUCCUAAAUAUCUUUGCUUUUUUUUCUUUUUUUUUAUAAAAAUAAUGAUUUUGUGGUCAAUCCAACUAUUUUAUGGGAUGGGAUUUUGAUAUACUUGACUUUUUCCUAAAUAUCUUUGUAUUUUUUCAGCAAUAUAUUCAGUAAAUAAA